UAGAGCCGGACUCCCCAACUCGAUUCUUCUCUCAUUCGUCUCAUCUGCCUGUUGAGAUGAAAUUGUUACCAUGCGAUUAGAUCAUUACAACAGUUUCCGCUGAUUAGCUCUAAUCAAUCGAUCAAUCAACCAACACGCAUUUGAGAUUUGAUUUUUAGGGCUUGAUUCUGGUUGUUCAAGGCAGAUCGAUCCAUAAGUUGCUAAGGCAAUGCCACCGCAGAAAGCUUCUAGAACCAUCUCCUCCUUGUUCGGACUCGGCAAAAUAGAAACUGGGAAAACUGACGUGCAUGUGCCUUUGCCUGUGCAGCCUUCGCUGAAGUUGGAGGCUGAUAAGAAAGUAUAUAGGCCAGGGGAUCCUGUUACAAUUACUAUUGAGAUCCGAAAUCCUCCUGCUGGGUGUUCGUUGUUAGUUGACAGACUAAGUUUUGAAGCCCAAGGCAUUGAGAAGUUGGACACUCAGUGGUUUAGCACCCACAAACCACUACCUGACUCUAAUCAGAAGAAGAGAGGUGAAUAUGUUUUCAUGGAGUCUUCGGUGCCAUUAAUGGUUUCAAAUCAGAUUGUGUCAUCAGGGACCAUGAGAACAUAUAUACUGAGGAUCAUUUUGCCAACAAUCAUACCUCCAUCAUACAGGGGCUCUACUGUGCGCUAUCUGUAUCAUGUUAGAAGUGAAAUGUCUGCGAAAUAUCUAAAAAUGAAUGAUGGACAGCCAUGUGGAGGAUCAACCCAGGAAGCUCGAUUACCACUGCAAAUAUGGGUCACUGAAAAAGCAAAUGGCUUGUUAAAUGGAGAAACUGGAAUAAAUGGGAUUGUUCCUGCUACACCUAUUCUUUUGGAUGUUUAUUGGAAAGAGAUGGAUGCUGAGUCUGAAUGGGUUAGAGCUAAUGAAACUUUUGAUGGGGUAGAGGAAGGUUAUGAAAGUUUUAGGGAUGACACCUCUUCUGUCUCUUCCUCCAAUCCAGCAAGGGGAAGUUUACAGAAAGCAUUUGGCAGUUCAUUGUCCUUGCAAUCAUCUGCAGCAAGAUCGAGUAAGGAUGUACAGUACCAUGACCAGAGGUCCACCAUAUCUUCAUAUAUGGCACUUCCUCGGCUGUCUGCAGCUGAGGUACUAUACGGUUCUAGUGAGGAUAAUUUGUCACCUAAGAGAUCCUCAGUAAUCGUUCCCCCGAAUCAGCAGCUAAGAAGUCCACAAUCUCUCUCCAUGGAUGAUGGAUUGAGAGUCUCAACCGUCACAAGAACUGUCGAACCUGUUGCAUCAGAAGGCUUCAUUCGAGGAAGAUCGUACAACAUUAGGCUAGAUGACCAGGUUCUACUAAGGUUCUCACCCACAAAACCUGAAUCAACUUAUUACUUCGGUGAUAUGAUAGGCGGAACUCUUACUUUUUUUCAUGAGGAAGGAACCAGGAGAUGCCUUGAGCUUUCAGUAACCUUGGAGUUGUCAGAGACCAUAAGUCGUCGCUCUGCACAUCCCUCUAGAAGACAUUCCCCAACAAUCACUAAGAUCCAGAGUGAUCACCAUGAGGUUGUUGCAGAUUUGGUGCAAACCAGCGUUCUAUUUUCAGUUCCAAUGGAUGGGCCAAUGUCUUUUUCCACUAGACAUGUCUCUGUGCAAUGGGUGCUGCGGUUCGAAUUCUUUACCACUCCAAAGAAUGUAGAUUGGAGCAGAUUUGAGCAUCCUCUUCUAAUAGAAGGAAGAGACAAAUGUGAAUGGGUUCUUCCUAUCACUGUGCACGCACCUCCAUUCACGACGACAAUCUCAAAAAAUAGUAGAACUGAAAAGCCACCUUCGCUAGAACCAUUGUGGGACCGCUCUUGAUGUAACAUAAACGUGCAGUUGGUAGUAAGAGCACAUCACCGGAUGAAGAAAUCGGCUACCAUUUCACUUGGAAAACACAGAAAGAGUCGGUCUCGGUUUGUUUGUAAAGUUACGUUUGUCGGGUUUUCUCAUGGUAAUCGACAGAGCUCCAUUGAUGUUAUUGGCGUAACGAUGUUUCUUCAUACAUUCUUCGUUCAGGUUUCCGUUGUAAACAUUUUAUUAUGAAUUUCGGAUUUUGGCAAAAUUUAUGGUUUUAUAGUCACAGGUGUAUUAAUCGUCCCACAUAAGUUUGGAUAUGUUGUUUGUUUUUUUGAAGUACAUU